AUGGACGCCGAAUACGCCAACUAUUAUACCAGAGAAGUGAUGCUUAUUCUGAUCCGUGAGUUCCAAUCGCCCGACGAAGAGAUGAAGAAAAUAGUCUUAAAAGUGGUGAAACAGUGUUGCGGUACAGACGGUGUCGAACCGUCUUAUAUCAAAGAAGAGGUUUUGCCACACUUUUUCCGCCACUUCUGGAACCAUCGGAUGGCACUCGACCGCAGAAACUACCGACAAUUGGUGGACACGACUGUAGAGAUUGCCAACAAAGUGGAAGCGGCGGAAAUAAUUCACCGAAUAGUGGAUGACCUGAAGGACGAGAACGAGGCGUACCGUAAAAUGGUUAUGGAGACCAUUCUCUUCUAA